CUCUCUUCAGUUCACGCAAUUGACUGACAGAGUCAGUUGCCCAGUUUGAUCGUGGUCCAGUCAUCGGCAUUGAGAUUUGAGCGUACAUACACGUGUAAAGAAAUGGCAAAUUACAACGAGAAAUGUUCAGACUGUUCAUUCGAUUAUGGCGAAGACAGGCAAAAGGGUGUUUGCCUAAUAAAAGAAGAAUUUAUUAUCGAGGACCAUAUAAGACAAUUAAGUGGUCAGUGCUUGACAGAGAUCAAUAAGCAGAAAGUAUCUACGGAUGCAGGCGUAGAAAAUACAGAUGCAUCAUUGGACGAAGUACCUGCUAAGAAACCCAAAUUGGAAGACAAGAGAGAGAAGCUUAGAGGACAAAAUAAAGCAAGGCCACCUCCAUUCAAAGCUUCCAGGGAAUUGAGUUUAUGUCCGUGGAUCGCGGAUCAAACUGCAAAUGAACCAGAGAGAAAAUGCUCGAAUCAGCGCUGUACUUUCUUGCAUGAUCGAAAGGAGUACCUAAAGAUCAGACCAGAAGACAUAGGUACACAAUGUUAUAUAUUUAAUUUGACUGGCAAGUGCCCAAGAGGAACCACUUGUAGAAUGGGCUCAAGACACUUGACCGAGGAUGGCUUUAACAUUAUCGACGAAAAGAAACUCGAGGAGUACAGCAAGUGUCCACCGGCUAUCAAAAAUCACUUAUCCAAGGACUUACAAAACAAAUUGCGUAAACGCAGGUAUAAUUUCUCCAGGGCGGAGGCAAUUGUCAAAGCUAACGGUCCAUCUAUGAAGAAGAUGCAGCAGAGUUUGAAUAAUAAAAAAAAUGAUACAAAAUCAGAUGUCACGAUUAAUAUUUCUGACAAUGGCAACGGCGAGAAAGUGGAGAAACAUAUUUCCCAUGACGUGAAUGAUGAGAAAACGGAAACAGAUGCUUCUAAUAGCGAUAUCAUGUGUAAGUCGAAGGAAUUGAAAAUCGGACCCGUGGACGACAGCGAUUUGAUCAGAUUGCGACAAUCAGAGAAAAAGACUAUCGAUUGGAACGGCAAGAUACUACUCAGUCCUCUGACUACAGUAGGCAAUUUGCCGUUUCGAAGGAUUUGCAAGGAGUAUGGUGCAGACAUCACCUGUGGCGAGAUGGCAUUGGCGCCAAAGAUACUGAAAGGCGCGCAGGAAGAAUGGGCGCUGGUGAAGCGACACGAGAGCGAGGAUAUUUUCGGCGUGCAGCUCUGUGGCAACAAUCCGGGAGUGCUGGCACGAUGUGCACAGUUGCUGAACCAUGAAAUCGAUGUGGACUACAUCGAUUUGAAUCUUGGGUGUCCGAUUGAUCUAAUCUACAGACAGGGAGGCGGCAGCGGUAUGCUCAAUCGAUUAAACGUACUUGAGACCGUGGUAAAAUCUGUUAGCCAAGUGUUGAACAUACCUUUAUCUAUUAAGACCAGAACUGGAGUCUACAUAGAUAAACCGAUCGCGCAUAAUCUAAUGCCGAGGUUUCGAGACUGGGGUGUAUCCAUGAUUACCGUUCACGGCAGAUCGCGUGAGCAGAGAUAUACGAAACUGGCCGAUUGGGAAUACAUAGAAAAAUGUGCGAUGGCAGCGCAGCCGAUUCCCGUGUUUGGAAACGGCGAUAUCUUGUCCUUUGAUGACUAUUGUCGCGUGAAAGAAAUCUAUAAUACGGUGCAGGGCAUCACCAUUGGACGCGGAGCGCUAAUCAAGCCUUGGAUUUUUACCGAGAUAAAAGAGAAAAAGUUGAUCGACAUAUCGAGUGCAGAGAGAUUCGAUAUUCUCAAGAAAUACGCGAAUUACGGACUUGAGCAUUGGGGAUCUGACACUCGGGGCGUCGAAACUACCAGGAGAUUUAUGCUGGAAUGGAUCUCCUUCCUUCACAGAUAUGUUCCCGUUGGAAUUUUGGAGAGACCACCACAGCGGAUCAACGAGAGACCACCGUUUUACAGAGGUCGCGAUGAUAUGGAAACGUUGAUGGCUAGUUCCAAUUGCGCUGAUUGGGUGAAAUUAUCUGAGAUGUUACUCGGGAAAGUGCCUGAUGGAUUUCAUUUUUUACCAAAACAUAAAGCGAACUCGUGGAAAUAAUACUGCAGGAAGAAUAUAGUUUUAUAGAGAAGUAUUUCUCGAGAUGACUAAUAUUUCUAUUCUUCUACGUUGUUGAUUUUCCGCAAUAAAUGUAAGAGAGAAGGAUUUAUCAUGGUAAGCUGAUUACG